UUCCACAGUUUGAAGAAAGAACAGACAACGAACGAUUUUCGUGUCAGAAUCUUUAAAACAGAGCAUGGUGUUGCGUUUAUUCGAACAAAUAUGAAUUGUUCUUCGAAGAGGAGGUCGGGAUUUCGGAAAGCAGAGAAGAAAUGCGAGCUGCCUUUUCUGAUUCAGAGGACUGCUUAGACCACAACCUGGUAGCUGCUAAGAGAUAUGCAAGUAGAAUAUCUUCUACAAGUUCCUGGCCUGAAAAUUUUAAGCCUACGUUUACACAAAAGCUAAUGUUUAAAUAUGUGUUGGAGGGAGAACCUGUCGUUUUUGAGUGUAGGCUAAUUGCUUGCCCAGCUCCAGAGAUGACAUGGUUUCAUAACAAUAGGCCUAUACCAAAAAGUCCCCGGAGAAUAAUCAAAAGUGAAAGCGAUGUACACAACCACUGUACCAGCCUGUUGGUUACGGAGGUAGAAGAGAGAGAUUCUGGAAGUUAUAGGAUAUUUGCCAUUAACAGUGAGGGAUCAGCGGAGUCAACUGCUUCGUUGCUUGUUGUGCAAAAGGGUCAGGAUGCCAAAUAUUUAGAGUUUCUGAGGAGGGCGGAGCAAACUCAAGAGAAUGUCGAGUCUUUUGAUCAGCAAAGGAGAGAAGAUAGGAUAAAAGUGGACUUGCGCUUUAUUGGCUCUCCCUUUAACAAGAGCCAAGAUGUUGAUCAAAAGGGAAUGAUGAGAACCAUACACUUUGAGAAAAGCAACCCCAUUAGAAGGCAGGGUUUUGUGUUCCAUGAUGAACAAUUGGAACGGGCAACCGAUGUAAGGGAAUGGGUGAAUGUAGGUGAAAGUUUCUUGGACGAGGAGACAAAAAUGAAAUUGCAGCGUUUACGGGAGGCUAAAAGGAUUUUGGUGGAAAGGAGGAAAUUAUCCCUUUCGGAUAUGUCCCCUGAGACAGGUCUCAGAUCUGCAAGAAGUCAGGAAAGUACCAAACUCUUUCAAAAUGUUAGUGAACAGUUUGCCCAUUUGUCGGAUUCACGACGAAGUGGGGAGUCGGUAGAUCAUUCAAAAGUCACCACCAAGAGGAUGUAUCAGUUUCACGCUCAGGUGGACGAAGACGUGGAGUUUGGGAAACCUUCUAAAAGCCCAAAAAAUUUUCCUGGAGACAGGAUAGGUGAAGAAUUAACCCAAAUUAAAACUGCUUUGACUCAAGCGAAGUUACCAAGAGAAACUCCAGUAGAGCAUUCAGAAAUGAUAGGCAAAGUUAGCCGAAUCACAGAAGAGGGGGAAAUUUAUUGCAAGGAUAUCGAAACCACCCAACCAUUUGAAGCGAUCAUAGCAAGAGAAGUCACUAAAGAAUCCCCAGAAUCUACAGUUAAUGUGCAUCUUGGUGAAGAAAUACAUAAAACCACUCAAAAUGAGGAUGGGAUAACCGAUACCAUUAAUUCAGAUCCCUCUGAACUUGUUCUUUCUUUGGAAAACAGUUCAGAAAAUAUUGAGUUAUCCAAGGAAAGGGUAAGGCAAGAAAACUUAACACAAAUAAAGCAAACCACUCCUGGGAAAACGCACAAAUUAAAAACCGAGUUAGAGGACAAAGCAACUGGAUCAGAAAACCUUUCUCAAAAACGUUUUCCACGUUGUCCACCCUCGUUUGUUCAUGAAAUUGAAUCAUGGGAAGUAAAUGAAGGGGAGAGUUGCAUUUUUAAUUGUUAUUUCCAGGGCUGCCCACAACCCAUCGUCACUUGGUACAAAAAUGACAUACCUAUUCCGCGUAAUCAGGGAUAUAUCAUCCAUUCCACAGAAAACCACUCAACUCUAACUUUCUCUUCUGUUCUCCCUGAAGAUGAGGGUUCUAUUACCUGUGUACUGUUUAACCAAUAUGGAACGGUGAAAACAUCAGGCCUACUUAAAGUGAAGGCCAAGGCUAGCUUUGAAUCAGAUGACUACCAAAUGCUGCAGGAUUAUACUGAAGAAGAGGAAGAAGUGAAUCUCGCAUUUGGCUGUAAGGAAGAAAAUAUGUACCUCCCACCUUCCAGUUGGGAAGAUCGAACACAUCUUCCCAUUUGGCAAGCUAAUACACCUGUGCCUCCCACUGCGGAAUCAGACUCGCUUUCUUUUCCUGUGGAAAUUCAGGUAAUAGCAGCUACUCCUACUCCAGAACAAGAUAAAGAGCUCAGAGAUAUUUUUGAACCGGUGGAAUUUGAACCUGAAGCCAAAUCGCAGGACUAUUCUCACUCCCAUAAACACAAAUUCAAAUUCUCAUUUGAUGUUACCAAUGAGCCACCCAAGCUGAUCCGUGAAAUGCCUAAAUACAUUAGCUAUAGAGAAGGUGACCCAGUGGCGCUAGAAUGCUUAAUCUCAGGCGAGCCUCGCCCCGUUGUGACCUGGUUUCAAAAUGGCAGAGCCCUAAACCGUGGCCAGAAGUUUAGGUUUGAAGAAGAUCAGAGCAGCUAUAGGCUACACAUUGAUGAAGUGACGACCCUGGACUCCGGCGUGUAUGAAUGUGUGGCCGAAAACAAAGCUGGAAUAGUAGCAAGUGCUUGUGAUCUUACGGUAGAGUCUGUCAUUCAGAGUUUUGAUAGCUAUUUAAGAAAUAUCGGAAGUAUUGAGGAGGAAGUUCACACCAGUCGACAAAUUCAGGCAAAAGUUGAAAAACCACCUUUGCGUGAUCAUUCGAUUAGCUUUUACGUUUGCAAAUCUAAAGUGCAGGAACGUUCUGUUCCUCAGCACUUCCAAAGUCUUGAGGCGCUUCAGCAGAUAUACUGGAGGAAUGAAGAACGCUGCAAAUCUUCAAAAGAAGAACUGCCCAGAUUCAUGGGUGUCAUGAAAAAAUCUGUAACAAUUAAUGAGGCACCCUUACCUGCACAUCCUGAUGUGCAGUGGCCUAGUAAAGAAAAGGAACAAACAAAAGCAGUAAGAGAGGAAGAUACUGUGUACUCCUUUUAUGAGGAUUUUAUCAAGGUUAAAUCCGUAAAAGAGUCGGAAGAACAGUUCGGACAACCGGAAGACUCAAAAGUGGAAAACAGAUAUAAAGGUUCAACGAGGGAACACUUAUCAAAUAUCAAACUUGAAAGCACCAUUGAAAGUUACACAGGGAAAGACUCAUCCAUUAUUAAAAGUGAAGAGCCUCUCGGUGAAGAAACAGCGUCCCUAAGAAAGAAUGGGAAGUCUGACACAAUCACUCCAGAAGAGGGGCAGGUCUUGGAAAAACCAUGCUCAGAAGAGUAUAGCAUCGGAAGCGCUCGGCCUGAAAUGUGUAUGGCGUAUAAUGAAAGUUCGGUAGGGAAGCCACUCAGUAAUGCUAGAGAAGUGAAAAUGGGUGAUAGAAUGUUUUCAGGGCAACUGGAAUCUGAGUUGGAUACAUACAGCAUUGUAAUGGAUUUAAAAUCACUUUCCUCACAGAUAGAUGAGAAUUUUCAAGAUCACCAUGAGGUAGAACAGGAAGAAAUGUAUUUCCUAGAUCAGUCUCCAACUUCGGGCAGAGUUGAGCCUGAAGCUUAUUGUCAUAAAGAAAACUUAGGUGACACUUUCCAAGAACCAGAUGGAGUGCAACCAGAAGAAACAGUUGGAUUUGAUGCAAGUAAUGUUGUAUUUGACUUGAAACAAAUGUAUUCUCAUGUGGGACAUAGAAAUAAACAAUUUCCAGAACAAAGUUUGCAGCAACAGGAAGAAAAAGUUUUGAAAGAUGAAUCUUCUGGUCUUGAACCGGUGAAAAUCAUUUCACCCGGCAUUUCAGAAAAUGGGCAACACACAAAAUCAUUUGAAGAGCAAGAUGUAUCUUACAGUCAAGAGUUUUCUGAUCAGAAUAUGAUCUUGUUAGGAAAAUACAGUAUUCAAGCAGCAUAUGUGGAAAAGGAAGGUCCUCAAAUUCAUGAUUUAAAAACUGAGACCACAGAUCUCUCACUGAACAGCCCAUCUGAAGGGAGUCACCAAGAAGCAUUUCCUUCAUUUCACACCUCAUCCUUGCAGACUCAAGAUUCAAAUCUGUCUGAAGAAGUCAGUCAUCUGGAACCCGAGGAUGACUUCAUAUCAAGCUUGAAAAAAGCUGCAAGGGAGAAGAAACACCUAAAUAUUCCUAUUUUGAAGGAGGAGGAGGAAGAGAAGACACACAGAGUGUCUAUGGAGUCCACUUCAUUUUGCAAAGAUGAUACUGAAAUAUGUAAUUAUGACGAGGUCUUUCCUAAAGAGCAUCAAAAUACUGCCCAGGAAAUAGAUGCAACCAACAGAAAACUGUCUGUAAGUCAAUACUUGCCAUUUUUGAGAGCUGCCGAAUGCCUAGAUCAGAUAGGACAAAUGGGUGAAGAAGUAAAUGUCUCACAAAAUGAAAAUCGUUAUGAAGAAAGCCGAAUUGAAAGAGAAAAUUCUGUCUCCAGUAAUGAAGCCAUAAGUAAGGCAGAAGAGGGUAUGAGCACGAAUCGCUCUGCUGAAAAUAUUUCUGAAACGCUUGAGGUAAAUACUAUUGAAGGGAAGGAAUCAGAGCCUUCUCUAACGAAAUAUUUACUUGCAGCUGGAAAAGAGGGGGUUCCAGAAAAGCAAGAUAGUUCCAGUCAGGUGGAAUUUUUCCAAGAGGGAUCAAUCACCUCAAUGGAGGUUGAAGAGGUAACUUUCAGCACAGUUUAUGCAUUUUACAACCAGCAGCAAGAAUCAUCAGUUCGCCCAUUUUCUCCUGAAUCAGAUAUGUCAAUUGAGGUAGCAAGCACCAGUAGUGAAGAAAGCCCAGAAUUAGACCAAUUUUUUACACCUCCUUCAUCGGUUGAAAAUUUUGAAACUCCCACAUCACAUGAAUCGUGUUUUACUCCAGUGGAAACCCCUGAAGUGUACUCAACUCCUUCAGGAGGGGAGCCAGCUGAACGGUAUUCAACCCCUUCGGGAAAGGAAAAAAUUGAACGAUAUGCAACACCUUCUGGAGGAGAAUCAAUUGAACGAUACUCAACUCCUUCCGGGGGAGAAUCGGCUGAACGUUACGCAACCCCUUCCGGGGGCGAAUCAGUCGAACGAUACGCAACUCCUUCCGGAGGAGAAUCAAUCGAACGAUACGCAACUCCUUCCGGAGGAGAAUCAUUUGAACGAUAUUCAACUCCUGAAGGAGAACCACUUGAACGAUAUUCAACUCCUUCUGGAGGGGAAUCACUCAAAAGAUAUUCAACCCCUUCAGGAGGGCGUAAAACCAAUGUAAAUUUAAGAAACCUCCCAUCAAGCCUCGAAAGGGAGGACAGUACCCCAAAUGAGCUCUAUCACACACCUACAGGUGAAAGGAGUUCGGCUUAUGAACUUUGGCGGUCAGAGUCGUUCGGCACGCCUAACGAAGCUAUUGAACCCAAAGGAAAUGAAAUGCCUCCAGCAUUCAUUGCACCUCUGACCAAAAGACAGAUCUAUGAAAACACAACCUUAGGCUUCAUUGUUGAAGUUGUGGGCCUUCCCGUACCUGGGGUGAAAUGGUACCGCAAUAAAUCGUUGUUAGAGCCAGAUGAUAGAGUCAAAAUAGAAAGGGUGGGGGAUGUAUGUUCCUUGGAAAUUUGUAAUGUUCAGAAAACAGAAGAAGGGGACUACAUGUGCCAUGCUGUGAAUAUAAUUGGAGAAGCCAAAAGCUUUGCCAAGGUGGAUAUUUUACCUCAGGAGAGAAGAGCAAUAGCACUGCCUUGUCCAGUAACCCAUCAACAUGUCAUGGAAUUUGAUUUGGAAAAAAAUCCAUCUUCAAGAACACCAUCUCCUCAGGAAAUCAUUCUGGAAGUAGAACUGGGUGAAAAUGAUGUUAAGGAAUUUGAAAAGCAGGUAAAAAUCGUCGCUAUGCCUGAAUUCACUCCCGAUCACAAAAGCAUGAUUGUGAGCUUGGACGUCCUUCCAAUGAACCUCGUAGAAACGAAUAUGGCCUUUGGAGGGAAAGAAGAUUCGGAAUUAAAGAUUGAUUUAGAAGUAGUUGAAAUGCCUCCACGCUUCACAACACCAAUCUGUGAUUGCAGAAUCCCUCAAAAUUCAGAGGCGGUGUUGGAAUGUUCGUUGAUUGGGAUCCCCACACCGGAAGUCAAAUGGUACAAGGAAUACACGUGUAUUAAACCAGAUGGGAUUAAAUAUGUGGUUACUGCAGAUGAAGGAAGUCAUACCCUUAAAAUUCGGAAUAUUUCUCUUAUGGAUAGUGCCAUAUAUAGGUGUAGAGCAGUGAAUAGUGUGGGAGAGGCUAUCUGCAGAAGUUCUCUUACUUUGGGAGAACCAGAAAUGGUGGCUGUGCCUCCAAAAAAAAGCAAAGUGACUGUAAGUAGCUCUAAGGAGAAAGCAGUCCUGAAACGCCAGUAUUCAGACAAGUUUUUUGAAUUUCUAGUCACAGAAGGGCCUCCCAAGUUCAUCAAAGCUCUUUCUGACUGCAGCUCACCUUUAGGUACUGCAGCGUAUUUCCAGUGUCUGGUUCGCGGUUCUCCUAAGCCUAACAUCCGCUGGUAUCGAGGUGAUAGGAUGGUUCAAGGGGAUAGUAGAUUCAGCAUGGAAGAAUCGGGCACAGGCUUCCAUAACCUGUUUAUUACGAGUUUAGCCCAGGAUGAUGAAGGGGAGUACAGAUGUGUGGCUACAAAUGCGUUAGGAACGGCAGAGAGUUGUGCGGUGUUGACCCUGAGCUAAAUUUGGAUGAACGGAUGUGAGACUGAAUUAAAUGGUGGUUUAACCAAGGAUAGUUAAGGUUAUUAUUGUAGAUGCUUUUCGUGUUUUGAAAAUUUUCAUUUCUAGAGGAAAUAUCAAAAUUUUUGACUAAUAAGUCCACUUAAAAGCAUCAUGUUGUGUCCUGUAUGUUUUAUAUGUAGAAAUCCUAUAUCUGUAAUGUAGGUAAAUAUGGAGUCAUCUUUUGUCAGUCACAUAUAAUAUUAAAUUGUUUUUGUCACCUAAUUGUUCAUUCUUUUACUUUACCUCUGCUUUAGAAUCUUAUUGCAGCAGAACAGAAAGUCCCUUUUAUCUUCUGUUCCUCUUUCACUGGUAUUACCAGAUCACAUUAACAAGUAAUCUAACUGUUCAAAAGUAGAAGGGAUGGGACAGAAGAAUUUAGUGGUCAGGAAACAGAAAAUCUGAAGCUGAAUAACAUUUGUGGCAGAAAGUCACGGGGAAUGUUUAUGGAAGGCAUACGAUGCCCAUUUCAAUUCUCCCUUUCAGGUCCAGAAGGAUGUUGCCAAGACAUCCUGCCUCAGUUGAAGGAUUGAAAAAUCUUUCUACCCAAAGCCCACACCCUCUGAGACAUUCAAAUCUAAAUCCAACUGUUUCAAAGACUCCCUGGGAUGUGUGCCUGAAAGGGAAGCCAUUGAGGGAGGCAUAAUGAACUGAGGGAUUUGGCUGAAUUUUCAUUGCCACACCUUCCCCAAUUCUCCUCCAAACCUUCUCCUAAUCCACCCCCUGCCCCUUCAAAGGACUCAAGUCUCAGGAAAGCUGCUAUGUACGGACAUAAUCUGACUAUGAGCAUUAGAGAUUCUUCCCUCAGUACCCUCUACUGGGUGCCCAGGAGUACCCUAGUCUACCCUUUCCUCUCCAAGAAUUGUUCUCACAGAAAUAAUUAGGCAACUUUCAUUUAUUUAUUCUUUCCCCAAAUAUUCCUACAAGAUUGAAAUAACUGGAAAUCUGUAAACGGGAUUGGAUUUGUCUUUAUUUGAGGUUCAUACUUCUAAUUUACUCUGUAAUUAUGCUUUGAUUUCAUCUAAUUUAAUAGAAGUAUGCAUAAAUCAAUGGAAUAAUCUAAGGGGAAGUGGUCAAUAUUUAAAUUGAAGAUAAACUAUAGUAAAUUGAAGAAAAUACUUCAUAAAUAAUUUCAGUAGGUGAGAAAAUUACUGGGAUAUGUGAAUAAAAAAUGAAUUUAGAUCAAACCUGAACGAGACCUGUUCUACUACUCCAAACCUAGUAUAUACUUUAUUCACAAUAGUGCCACCUAUCUCUUACAGAAUUUUGUGAAGCAGGAUCAUUUUAAGCUUAAGCUAAAAUACAUUCGUGUUUAAUAAUGUUCUUGCAUGUUCAACAUUUGUAACAUUUGCCAGAUACUUAAUGGUGGGUUUUUCAAAUAAAAAUAUUAGUAGCCUUCAAAAUCGCAUAAAGUACUGCAGGACAGUUGAUGUAGUCUUCAUAGGAUACGAAGUCCUGAAAUAAAAAGAAGACCUGCAAAUCCAUGUCAAGGAAGAUAUUGAUGUUCAGGUCAACUAUCACAUGAUUCCUUUUAUGCAUCCUCUAGCUACUGUUGUCAGAGGAAUGCCGAGGAGUGGAACCAUUGGUCUCACCCAGUAAUGGCAUUUCUCAGUAAAUACUAAUCAUUAACUGAGGAAUUUAUUUGGGGCUCAACAUUUUUUCCUUAUUCAAACAUCCAGAAUUACCUAGAUACUCUACAACUAUAGGUCUGGGUCAGCAGAAUAAGGUUCAAAUGGGACCUGAUACAAGUUGUCUUCACCGCUCAGAGCAGAUCUGUUAGUUGGUCUUAUGUUCAUUGAUCCAGCUCCCUAAUGGAAUGGGACAGCAGAAAGACCUGGAGAUGUAGGUAGCAAGGUAGCAUUAGGAAAACAUGUCCUUUACUCCAAUAAAAUUUAGACCUCUCUCCUGGUGUGGCUGUAAAAGAAUAUAAUCAGAAUAAUCAAUCAACGGUAUUUAUUGAGCACUUCCUGUGUGCAGAGCACUCUACUAAGUGCUUGGUAGACAUGGUCCUUAUUCACAAAAUAAUGUGGUUAACUGACUGUGCAUGAGAAACAUUUUGCUUACUAUAAACUCAUCACAAUGACAAUAUAAAGGUAUAGAAUGGUUUAGCAGCUUCCUUUGGUGAAAUUGGUUUUUCGGAGAUUGAGGAAAGUGAUUGUAGAGAUCAGAAGAUCUGUGAUGGAUUUUGGCAAUCAAGUUUUGUUUGGUCUUUGUUGAUGGAAAGAGUUAGUUUGCUGUUAUUACAUUACCAAAGAAAUCAAUUGAGCUAUGGCAAGACAGGCUGUUGUAUACCAAUGACUGGCGAUAAAUUUUAUUUAACACAUACCAGUGCAUUGGUUUCAUUAGCUAAGGUGAUUGCAAUUUUGAGGGUGAGCAUACCUUUUCCUCUUUUGAUAAUUAUUAGGUGAGGAAAAGCAAAUCAAAGUAAUCCAAUAUCAUCGCGAGUGAAGAGUUUCAUUUUAUACCUGUAUUCAUUUCUUCUUCAGAUAUAAUGGUAUUCUAGGAGGUAGAGACACCUCUGGAAAAAGAAAGUUAUAAAUCCAAAGAACUAAAAAGUGAAUAUACUCCCAGUGGAUCUUCUCUAGCAAGGUGGACUAUGGAACUGAGGCAAUUAUCAGAUUAGACAAGCUAAACAAUCCCUAUAUUUCUAUGAAAUAUCCAAAUAAUUGAGGUUGACUGGGUAUUUCGCUUGUUCUUUCUGAAUAAUUAUGUCAACUCAUCAUUUCACUUAACCGGUGUAGAUGAGGGCAGGUAUCAUACACGUGAGAAACUGGCAGACAUUUUCAAGAUAGUAGAGGCCUCCUUAUAAGGGGCUUUUAAAAUGUCAUUUUCAUUCUACAUGGAUGAUUUUGGCCAAUGCUCCCUUUUGCAAUAAGCAUGAUAAUUAUGCCUUCUCCCAUUAAUCCUUAAAUGGAAAUGAUGAAAUACAACAAGGUUAGUAUUUCUUUAGACCAGCUAUUAGGUAGAUUGAAUGUUGUGUCUUGUUCGGUUGCUUUUAAAAUAGCGUUUUGUUUAGACUUAAAUAUUGCUGUAAAAGCUUUUCCUCUACAAUAAAAUACUUUCAAAUCUUA